UGAUUAGAAAUCGUUCCAAUAAGCGUCAAAAUCGGGGUGUGCUGUCAUAUUGCAGGAAAAUGCCUCGAAGACAAAGCGGGCCAUGUCGCUAUGCACUCGUUCUCGGUGCGAUUGAUUAGAAUAUGAAUGAGGUCAGGUUGAGCUGUAUUUGAUUAAAAGUACUGAUAGAGUUGCCUCCAUGUAAGCAAUGUGUGCAGCCAAAGUUAUUCAGCUUCUAACUCGAAACUCUUGAAACACAACUCCCUGGUCCUUUCCCAUGCUUUAGGCUACCUUCUUCCUUGCCCGCGAAGGUGGAUUUCCAUACGACAAGAAUAGCAAGCGGCACAGCGAAAGCCCAAUCCAAGCACCGCAAAGUCGACUCUUCCAACAAAACCCAACAUUUGUGGCCUGUCAACCAUGCAGGUCCGCGGCACGGCACGACCAGCCCCAGCACAGCCCACCCUAACAAGCUCUUCCCCUCUUAUCACAAACCUCACUCAAUUCCUCUCCUCAAACCUCAUUCCAGAAUCAACAAUAUUAGACAUGUCUUCAAUAGUCCACAAGAUCAAAGAAAAAUACGUCUUGACGCGCAGAGGCGCCUACGUAACACGCCGCCCCGACGCAGCAACCAGAACCACAGCCCUACCACCUCCUCCCAAAAAGAGCAAAGUAGCCGAUAAGGAAUCGGUUGUCAAUGAGAGAAAACAAGUCGAAACUAAAUACGAAAGCGACGAUGAAGAUUCAUUAUUAGACGAGAAACGCUUAGAAGCAGACCAAGAAGCGAGCAGUUCGAAGAAGGGCAAGAAGGUCGUUCGGAGGGAUUUCGGGAAUUGGGAUGAAAAGGAGGCCGUUGUGUCGAGGAGGUAUCGGACGAGGAGACAAGUUGUGAAGACGGAGAUGUAUGUGGAGGAGGAGAAAGUUGAGGUUAGCAGGGUCCAGACGAAGGGUUGGUGGACGAGGACGAUGACUGCUUGUAUGCCGAGUGAAGCAUGAUGAGUAGACGGCUCAGACAUGAGUGAGACUGGGGAAUCAGCGUUCUGGUUUUAUUCUUCGGGUGUCUGUUGGGCGUGACAAGGUAGAUAUGAUCACCACGAUGAGGAUUGCAGUUUGGAAAUUUAUACCAACUAGAUCAAUAAGUUUCAUCACACUGGGUCAGCUGUACGUGCUUCGAACAAGUAUACGAAGAAUAAACUCGAAGCGUAUCAUGUCGUGCG